CUUGUUAAAGUGUUUAUUAUGUUAGCAGUUUCCAGAUAUGAAAAAUUAUAUUUUCAUUUAGCUCGGCUUCACUUGUAUAAAGCAAGCAUUUGUCGGCUUACUCGCAGAAGAUAUUGCAAUGCUUGAAAGGGUAACGUACGUUUAUGACAACAGCAACGGCAUGUGUCUUUAAUGUGUUUGAUGAUCCUCGGAAGCAGUCUGUUUAAUUUACGACUGACCAGUAAAAUAUUGGAAAAUAAUAGUCUCAAGUUAAGUUCUUUAUCAUUUUUAUGAUAUAUAUUUUUGUUUUAUUUAUUUUUUUACAAACAAAGGAUUUUGUUGUGAAACUCCAAACCGGAAAUACAACUCGUCUUCAGGAUCAGCAAGUCUUACUGUCGAUUGUGAUUGUAGCUCCUCGGAGAUGGCGCCCCCUGCUGUAACGGCGGUGUUAUUGUUGGUCCUCCAGUUUUGGUGGACACUGAGCGCUCACAAACAUCUUCAUGAAGACCAUUUGGAAGACCACCUUAACUCUGAACAUGAUAUGAACGUUCUGUUGGGAGAGAAGGACAAUGAAGAAUUAAAGAGACUGAGCCCAGAGGAACAGAGGAAAAAGUUGAUGGACAUUGUCAAAAAGAUUGACACAAAUGCUGACAACAAGCUAAGUGCAGAGGAGAUCACACUAUGGAUUCAGCAUGUCUACAGAAAAUAUGCACUGGACGACACAGAGGAGCGCUUCCCCGAAUUUGAUGCUAACCAAGAUGGUGUAGUAACAUGGGAGGAGUACAGCAUGGAUAAGCUAUUUAGUUUUGAUGAAAGCACCGUUGUAGAUGAUGCAGAGCAAGACUCUCUGAGACAUCUCCACCUGAAGGAGAGGAGGCGCUUCAAUUUUGCAGAUGUUGACGGCACGCCCGGCCUCAAUGUGACCGAGUUUUUGGCCUUCACCCACCCCUCUGAAGUGGAUCACAUGGCGGAUUUUGCCAUUGAGGAUGUAUUGAGUGAAUAUGACACAGAUCAAGAUGGACUGAUCAGUUUGAAGGAAUUUAUUGGUGAUCUUCGACGGGACGAGGACGCCCCAUCACAGUGGGAGGUUGAGGAGACAGUGCGCUUCAACGAUCUCUACGAUCAAGAUAAGGACGGCAAGUUGAAUCGAGAGGAGCAACUCCGCUGGAUUGCACCAAACAGUUACGGUUCUGCUCGGGAAGAAGCUCUUUACCUCAUCAAGGAAUUGGACCGGGAUGAAGACGGGCAGAUCUCAGAGGCUGAAGUUUUGAAAAACCAAGAGACCUUCAUGAACAGUGAAGUGACAGACUACGGCAGGCAUCUGCACUUGUCACAUGAUGAAUUAUAACAGCAUGCUUUUGGAUUUUGGUGCUCCUGUGUCAACACAUCCAACUGUCAUUUAUCUAGAACAAUUAUCUAGAAUGUAUGUAGAAGUGAGGCCCUCCAAAACCAAGAAGUAAAUCUUCCAUUUAUUUGAUGAACACAGCCGUGUCAUAAAGCAAAGCAGCAGUUAGCACACAGGCGCCGCUGCUUCUGCUGCUGACGUGCUUCCUCUUUUUUUUUUAACAAACGUGAUAGCUGCAGUAUGACACUGCUUGUUUCCUGGACCGUUUCACUUGUGUGGAACAAUCUGUCAAACAACGCUCUCGUGUUGUAGCUUGAGUUCAAAUCCGUUCUUCAGAGCAGAACGGAUGCAGGAUGGAGUUGGAGUUUAAGGAUGCCUUUUGGGUGAGACUGCGCCACUCUUCCUAAUUUUUGGAACUAUGUUUUAGCCUGAGGAUGAGGUUGAUUGUUGAGCACUUAAGUGACUACCACUUAAGUGUUUAGCAUGGCCUGCAAUUCAAAACUAAGUACUAAAUGAUUAGCGCCAUCACAUGGAAGGGUUUACUUUGUGUUCAAUGUGUGUACAUGUUGUGAAAAGUUUAGGUUUUUAGAUAACUACAACUAGACUGGUAAAAAAUUGGUCAAUAAGGUGUUUGCUUUCACUUUUGUCAGCUUUACAAAUGGAAUACUUGACUGUUACUUUGUUGAAGAAAGUUUUCAAUCUACUUCAUGCAACAAAUAUGGUUAAUUAUGUUAUUAAUAGCUUUUCAAUGUCCCAUCCCAAGUUUGAAUAUUGUGUUACACCCAUUUUAUAGAACUCAACACAGCCAGAAUAAUGUCACCAAAGCUCACCUUUGUACAUUCACACACAGCAUCGGCAUUUGGGAACAAUGAUGACCGAAAAUAUGUAAGUCAGAAAAAUGUAUGAUCAAAAGAGGGAAGUUUACUUCUUGAACGCUCAAUGACCCAUUUAGGGUAAUGCAUGAUUCGGUAAUAAUUAGUGUCUGACACGGAAAAUAUCAAAGGGACAGCUGGCAUUGGGUAUGGCCGAAGAAAAUGGAUGGAUUAAAUUGUAUUUAAAAAAAUUAUCUUUUGAAUGUUAUUAUUGACACUGUGAUUUCUGUAGUGUUUUUAUAAUGUCAGCACAAAAUAUAUAGAUAUAUUGUGUAAGACAUGUCUGUAUGAAUUGCAUGACCACUUAAGUGAAGGAUCUUUAUGAGCUUUCCAUGUGAAAUUGAUGUCAAGUUAUAAAGUAUGUGGUCAUGUGUAUAUAUAUAUAUAU